AUGCAAGCAAUUAAGUGUGUAGUAGUUGGUAACGGAGGUGUGGGUAAAACAUGUCUAUUAAUAAGUUACAAGACAAACGCAUUUCCCGAUGAAUACAUUCCCACCAAAUUGGACAACUAUUCCGCUAAUGUGAUGGUCGACGGAAAGCCCGUCAAUCUGGGCCUCUGGGAUACGGCAGGUCAUGAGGAAUACGACCGACUGCGGAACCUAUCGUACCCGCAAACCGACGUCCUUCUCAUAUGCUAUUCGGUGGUCAACCUUGAAAGUUUUGAAAACGUACGGUUGAUAUGGUAUCCGGAAGUGAGACAUCACUGUCCCGACAAACCCAUUAUACUGGUGGGCACUAAACUGGACCUCCGGGACGACCCCAAAACACUGGACAAGCUUAAGGAGCGCAAAAUGGCACCCAUUACACGCAUGAAGGGCAAGGCUAUGGCCAAGGAUAUCGGCGCCGUUAAGUACGUGGAGUGCUCGGCCCUCACACGGGAAGGCCUUACGAAUGUGUUCGAUGAGGCCGUACGUGCCGUCCUAUGCCCUCAAGUCAAGAGUUGGAAAUCUUGUGCUGUACAAUAACCAGGCACAUUCAAAUGAGGGACAUAAUUAUUUAAUUAUAUAAGUAAAAUUAUAUUGAAUUCUUACAGGUUUAGUGGUGUAACGAACUAUGUUUCAUAAAUACUGUAUUUGUAU